AGGAUGGCGCUUUGUGCAGAGAAGUGCACGAGGUAAGUACCUAGUAACCCCUGAAGCUUUUUUGUACUUAGGUAAUCCUUCAAGUUUCAUAAACUCUUUCAUCUCAUCAUCUUUUUUCCUCCGUGUGUUGCAACCAAAUUGAUUAUUUUCCGUUCGUCAUCGAAAGUCUUGACAUAUCUGACGAGGAGUAUCAUUGUCGCGGUCGCGCUUACACUUGGCGAAAAUGCGGCUAGAUACAUCGAUUUUGCGGUACCUGACAAAGGACGACUUCCGUGUCCUUACCGCAAUAGAAAUGGGUCAGAAGAAUCACGAAUUCGUGCCGACGCAGCUCAUUGAGACGAUCUCAAACUUGAGGAGAGGAGGUAAACUUUGAUUUGCUGAUCAAUGCCGAGGACUAAAUCACUCAGAUACAGAAGAAACAUGAAAAAAAUGAAACCUCAACGUCAGAGUGCAGAGUGCUAUCACAUCACAGCUUUUCUAAUCUUAAUCCAUUUUACCUUCCACCAGGUUGUCGCAAGGUGCUUUCUUUGUUGUUAAAGCACAAGCUGGUUGUGCACGACGGCAAGAAGUACGAUGGUUACAAGCUGACUUACAAUGGCUAUGAUUUUCUCGCGUUGAAGGCAUUCAUGUCUCGUGGCCAUAUCGAGGAUGUGCGCAUGACGCGAAUCGGAGUCGGAAAAGAAGCCGAUGUGCACAUUUGCUAUGACAAGGAUGGCAAUAAACUUGCUUUAAAGUUACACCGCCUAGGCCGUGUGUCGUUUCGUAGUAUCAAGAACAAUCGCGACUAUCUUCAGCACCGAAAGCACGCAAGCUGGAUGUACCUUUCACGCUUAGCAGCAACCAAAGAAUACGCCUACGCAAAAGCGCUCAGCGACGCAGGCUUCCGCGUUCCACGUGCAAUCGACCACAACCGACACGCGAUUUUGAUGGAAUUUAUUGAUGCCUUUCCGCUCUAUCACAUGCGCACGUUGGGCAGGCCAGAGAGGGUACUAUUCCUCAUGUUCCAUUUUUUGCAAUAACGUUUCCGCACUUUAGAUCAUUUGCUUCUAGGGUGGUGAUGCUCUGUCGGAGAUCGAAUUGAAAUGAAUUUUUCCCAUGACGUGCACGCAUGCUCAUGUUCUUUCCCCCUUCCCCCCAUUCAGGUCAUGGCUUCGCUGUUCCGACUAUUGCUGAGGUUGGCACGCAGCGGUCUCAUCCACGGCGAUUUCAACGAAUUUAACUUGAUGAUAAAUACUGACGAGAAGAUUACAUUGAUCGAUUUUCCUCAAAUCGUCACGAUGGAACACGAAAACGCCGAAUUUUACUUCGAAAGAGACGUCGGCUGUGUGCUCCGUUUCUUCCGCAAGCGGUUUGGUCUGGAGUGUGAAGAAUUUCCGACCUACGAAGAAGCCCGCGAGGCGUAUGAAAGCGUAAAAGCUGCGACGAAUCAAGAUAACGAGGUAUGCGAUGAGGAUGAAGACCACGCCUUUUUUAGAAACGACCGUCUACUUCCACCCUCAUCAGCAGGCGGACAGACGUCCUCUAGAAGCAAUAAGCCCACUGCCGUGAUUCAGCUGGGUGCCGGGGCUCUCCUUGAGAGUGAAGAUAUGCUUCUGCUCGACACAAUCAAGGAAGAGGCGGAGCAUGAAGUGGAAGAAGAAGAAGACGAUGAAGGAAGCGGUGGCGAAGAAGAGGAAGAUGAUGAUGAAGAAGAAUGUAGUGACGAGAGCGACGCUGAAUGUGGUGACCAUGAUGGGGAGGAGGAAGAGGCUGAUCAUGCAGCAGUGCCUGAAGGCGGUUGUAGAAUCGAUCAUUUGUGUGAGGGUUUCACAGCGCAGAUGACAGUGUCUUCAGCAAAGGACACACCAUCGAGCUCCUCAUCAUCUUCACCUGCUGAAGCCUUCUCAGUCGGAGGGAACCCGAACCACCAACUGAAAAUCGGGAAGAUGGGAAAUAGGUGUAGCAAGGAAGCUGAAAGAAGUACUGCAACUGAUGUAAACAGCGACGAGUCUAGCGACGAUUCUAGCGACGAAGAGGCACCCGAAGGCGGCGGCGGUGCACAGAAGAUAGAAGAUCAAAUUCACGUGCUGCAAAGACGGAAGAUUCAGAGGAAAAUUCUGACUGCCGAUGAGAUCCGGAAUAAGCUCAAGCAGAAGGAAAAGCAGCAGAAGUUUAAGAAUUGCAACAAAAAUAAAAUGCAGAUGAGAAUGAAGGAUGAUGCAAAAGCAGCCUGUCGAGGCGACGGUGGCGGUUGGUAGCCGAACUCUUUUCCUUUUUCCUCGUUGAUACUCUCCCGACUACCUACUUAACUUAAACUUUUUUAUCACCGACGCGUGUCAUAUUGUAUUUCCUGAAAUAAAAAGAACCACCAUCAAUAAUUUGUUGCAGC